CCGCGCGCACUUCCGCGCAUGGCGCUGCUGCCCCGGGCACUGAGCGUGGGCGCGGCCACGAGCCUGCGGCGGGCGGUGCACGCGCUCACCUGCGCCAUGGCGAGUACCGGCGAGCUGCAGACCCCGGCCGCCGCCGCCACCGCCACCGUUUCCUUCGACUACCUGGUGAUCGGCGGUGGCUCGGGAGGGCUGGCCAGCGCGCGGCGGGCGGCGGAGCUCGGAGCCAGGGCCGCGGUCAUAGAGAGUCACAAGCUGGGUGGCACUUGCGUGAAUGUCGGAUGCGUCCCCAAAAAGGUAAUGUGGAACACAGCUGUCCACUCAGAAUUCAUGCACGAUCACAUGGAUUAUGGCUUUCAGAGUUGUGAGAGUAAAUUCAAUUGGCAUGUUAUCAAGGAGAAGCGUGAUGCCUAUGUGAGCCGCCUGAACACCAUCUACCAGAACAAUUUGACCAAGUCCCACAUAGAAAUCAUCCAUGGGUAUGCAGCAUUUGCAGAUGGUCCUCAGCCCACGGUUGAAGUCAGUGGGAAAAAGUACACUGCCCCUCACAUCCUGAUUGCCACAGGCGGCGUACCUACAGUUCCCCACGAGAGCCAGAUCCCAGGUGCCAGUUUGGGAAUAACCAGUGAUGGGUUUUUUCAGCUGGAGGACCUGCCUAGCCGCAGUGUCAUUGUGGGUGCCGGGUACAUUGCCGUGGAGAUAGCUGGCAUCCUCUCCGCCCUGGGCUCCAAGACAUCUCUUAUGAUAAGGCAUGACAAGGUUCUUAGAAACUUUGACUCGCUCAUCAGUUCCAACUGCACUGAGGAGCUGGAGAACGCUGGCGUGGAGGUGCUGAAGUUCUCACAGGUAAAGGAAGUUAAAAAGACGCCAUCUGGCUUGGAACUCCACGUGGUUACUGCUGUUCCUGGCAGGAAACCCACCGCAACCGUGAUUCCAGAUGUUGACUGCCUGCUCUGGGCCAUUGGACGAGACCCAAAUUCUAGGGGCCUGAAUCUAAACAAACUGGGGAUUCAGACUGAUGAAAAAGGCCAUAUCAUCGUAGACGAAUUCCAGAAUACCAAUGUCAAAGGCAUCUAUGCUGUGGGAGAUGUCUGUGGGAGAGCACUUCUCACCCCAGUUGCGAUAGCUGCUGGCCGGAAACUGGCUCAUAGGCUUUUUGAAUGCAAACAAGAUUCCAAAUUAGACUAUGACAACAUCCCUACCGUGGUCUUCAGCCACCCCCCUAUUGGCACAGUGGGGCUCACUGAAGAUGAAGCCAUUCAUAAGUAUGGAAAAGAGAAUGUAAAGAUCUACUCAACUACCUUUACCCCAAUGUAUCAUGCCGUAACCACAAGGAAGACAAAAUGUGUGAUGAAAAUGGUUUGUGCCAACCAAGAGGAAAAGGUGGUCGGGAUCCACAUGCAGGGGAUGGGGUGUGAUGAGAUGCUUCAGGGCUUUGCUGUAGCAGUGAAAAUGGGGGCCACCAAGGCCGACUUUGACAACACGGUUGCCAUUCAUCCUACCUCUUCAGAAGAGCUGGUCACUCUCCGCUGAGCGCCCAGGGACUGGGUGACGGCCGGCAGUCAGACCCGUAGACCUCUGAGAGCCGACGUAUCAAGUUUACUUCCUGCUCCAGCUUUAUAUAUUUCCUUAUUUUAAUCAGGAUCUUCUGAUAGUGUACGUUUUUAGUUUAAAAAUUUUAUUUAUCUAAUCAGAAAUUUUUUUUGUUGAUCUGGGGUUGGUUUUCACUUAAUAUUUCACAGUAAUUAAUAUUUUUUAAUUUUUUAUUAACAGCCCUGUGCUAGUUGUGUCUUUCUUGCUUCAGCCUCAUUCCAUAUAUAUGAAGUACAGUGAAGUUAAUACACCUGAGGAAUGAAUAUAGUUGACUAAUUUUUUUUUUGAGACUGCGUCUUUCUAUAGCCCAGGGUGGCCUCAAACUUAAGAUCCUCCAGCUAUGGCCUCAUGCUGGAACUACAGGAAUGCAUGGCCAUUCCUGGACUCACUUGUUAGUUUAUGUGAUGGUAGGUCUCCGUCUAUAAAUAUGCAAGGACACAGAAUAUGUGUGUUUCUGAAUGUGUUGUUUUGUGUAUUGCAGAGCUGCCUGAGGAUCUGACCUCUCUCUAAUCUCAUUUUACUCUUUGCUCUGUUUUAAAUGGUUUUUUUUUUUUUUUUUUUUUGGUUUUUCGAGACAGGGUUUCUCUGUAUUAUUUUGGAGGCUAUCGGUCCAGCCCAGCCUUGAACUCACAAGAGAUCCGCCUGCCUCUGCCUCCCGAGUGCUGGGAUUAAAGGCGUGCGCCACCACCGCCUGGCUUAGUUUGUGUUAUUUUUAUGAAAUGAGUGCAUUGAAGUUAGGAGAGCCGAAGUUGUUAAAUUGGCUGUUUCCAGAGGGGUUAGGCUGAGCCUCUUCAGGAGCCCUUCCUUCUGAGCAUCCACGGUUCAGUCAAUCAUUUCAACGUUUCUGUGUUUUUGUCAGUUUAUUUUUUUAUGAGAACUGUUCCAAUUUUUUGAAAAACACUGCAUUGUCUUAUAAAAUUUAUUACGAACUUAA